AUGUCGUCGGAUAAUAUCAUGAUUGACGAAAAUAUUGCGGUAAUGUUUGAAAAUAACGGCAAAACUGAUUACUACUACAACAACAACAACAAUAGUAACCAAACGGACGGCCAGAGCAUCGACAACACGACGGCUGCGGCGGAAGCGGACGCGGCGUUUAUGGACGAAGUUAUACGUCAGCUACGGGUCAGACAUAACCGUCCACUUACUGGUGACGAACUGUUUGGCAAUUUAGUGAUUAUUAUCGGUUAUACGAUAAUUAUUUUUGUCUCACUGGUCGGUAAUCUAUUGGUAAUCAAAGUGAUUAUCGGCUGCUUCUUCAGUGGCAGUGGUAGCUGUGGAGGAGGCGGAGGCGGCCGCCGUAAACCGAAAAUGUUGAUCACUACUACCAACCUAUUGAUAGUAUCGUUGGCCGUCAGCGAUCUGGUUAUGACCGGGUUUAACAUACCGUUUAAUGUGGCCCGACUGCUACUACAAUCGUGGCCAUUUGGAUCGUUUAUGUGUGUGUCGGUACCAUUUGUACAGGUAGGUGGGUGUGUKUGUGUGUGUGUCAAUGGGAAUGGAUGGGUUACCUGUGUCUAUGUUAGUACAUUUACGAUGACAGCUAUAGCCUAUUACCGAUGGUGGACACUAACAACCCGUACAACGCCGACAAUGUCAACAACGGCUGCGUCGACGUCGUCGUCGUCGGCGGCGGUGGCUAUGGCCACCAAAUCGCUGACCACUUGGCAAACAUUGGUAAUUGUUGGCAGUAUUUGGCUGUUGGCCGCCUUGUUCGCCGUACCGCACGCGGCCUUCAAUCGGACAAUAGUCAUACCGCGUUUGGACAAUAUGGUACGGUGUGUGGUCAUACACCCGACGGUUGUAAUAAUGGUCACUACGACAACAACAACAAUUGAUUGGCCACUAUGGCUAUCCAUCGAAGCGCUGGCCACUCAAUAUUUUAUACCGCUGUCGAUAACCGGUUGGCUGUACACGAAAAUUGCUGCUAUUGUUGCCAAACAAGGAGCCGCUGCUAACAACGGUGCCACCGGUGUUGGCCAGUCGUCAGCGUCCACCUUAUCGCUAGUGGUCAGCAGUCGGACUACGGCUGCCCGUAAACGCCGUAUUGUUAUGUUGGCACUGGUAGUCAUCGUUUUUGGCUUGUGUUGGCUACCAUUGAAUUUGUAUCAUCUGUUGGUCGACUUUCGGCUAAUUGGCCGCAAUUUUACCGCAUUUAUCGUUUGUCAUUGGUUUGCAAUGUCCUCUGUUUGCUAUAAUCCAUUCAUCUAUUGUUAUUUAAAUCAAAACUUUAAAAAUGCUGCCAAAAAUUGCUAUCAAUUUCUAAUGUGUCGACACCGACACCAACAUCGCCAACAACAACAACAACACUAUAACCGAUGGCUGAUUAAUACGGACGGCAUUACAUCAUCGGUGACCACCACCGCUGCUGCUGCUGUUGAUGACCAUAGGAUGACCGCCGCUGCCGCCGCCGCGGCCACCGAUAACUAUGAGCUAACAAAUGUUAAUACUAUUGAACUGAUAGAACUGGGAGCUAAUAAUUAUGAUGUCGACAACGAUGCCGAUGAUGAUGAUGAUAAUGAUAAUGAUAUAAACAGUGGUGUAUCCGAUUAG